AUGCGCUCAGCAAACGCGGCCCCUGUCGGUUUUCUGCUAAACUGCACAGCGGCGGCGGCGGCUGCCGGGAGAAGGCGCAGGAGCAGCCGAGGCCGGCACCGCGCGCGCACUCACCCCGCCCGGCCCACUGCCCCUACCAGCGACCGGCCGGCCGCCCGCUCCCACCCGCACGCACUCUUGCGCGCCCACCAGCGCCCGCGGGCUCCCCGACCCGCAGGCCAGGACGCCGCGCAGCCGCCGUAUUUUCUGCUAAAAAUCGCCCCGUUCAUUGAUACUCAUCACCCAGCCCCAGCAGACAUCCCCAUCCCCGGCUCGGCCUCCCCCUAUCUGACCAGGAAGCCAAAGACGCCCGUGGUCCUUAGCAGCCGUGCAUCUCUGGCGCACUGCGCUCCAGGCGGCCUGUGGGACCUCAACUGGUGCGCACGGAGGCCACCGAGGUUUGCAGCCCAACGGGCCAGAGCAGGCAGGGCAGAGAUUGCCCUCUACCUGGAGGCCGCCGCGCGGCACCUCCUGAGCCCCAAGGAGGGUUCGAGCCGGGGCUCGCCGGCGCCCCCUGUCGGCGCCCGCGCUCUCUGCGAGGACUCGGGCCGGCCGCCUUGGCCAAGCCCUGGCUGA